AAUUGUUUUUGUUAUUAUUAGUCAAAAUUACAUAAAAUUUUAAUAUAUAUUUAAUUAGUUUUAUUUUAAAGUGAAUCGUUUGAAUGAAUUUAAUGACAACAAUGAGUGCAUUUCGGACGCGUUUUCAUGAUUUUAAAUACCUAUCAACGCGUGUCUCAAAACCCAUUAUCAAUAACACAACCAAUGUAUUUCCGAAGUCUCCCAAUAAAUCUCUGAUGAAUCCAUCGAUAGCUUCAAUAGACUUAAGAAAUUGUUUUCACUCGAGUUGUGUGGAUAUGCGUAUAGUUGUGGGCCCUCCAGGAGGUGGCGAUGCUUCACAUUUGAGAGGUGGUCCCAGUGGCGGAUCGGGUGGUAUCGGCAAUGGCGGAGAUAAAAGUGGUUCGAGUAGUACCACAGGUGGUUCGGGAAAUGGUGGUAAAGAUGGACAGUUGUGUUGUCCGAAAUGUGGCAAUCCUUGUACUCACGUCGAGACAUUUGUUUCUUCGACACGGUUUGUGAAAUGUGAGAAAUGUCUUCACUUUUUUGUUGUUUUGUCUGAAAUUGACUCAAAGAAAACCAUUAAAGAAAACAGACAAAUGUCUAAUGAAAAGCUAAAUGUUCAGCGAAAGCCUCCACCGCCACCUAAAAAGAUUUUCGAGUUCUUGGAUAAGAACGUCGUCGGACAGAAUUACGCAAAGAAAGUGUUAUCGGUUGCCGUUUAUAAUCAUUAUAAACGCAUUUAUCACAAUAUGCCGGCCAAUUCCAGCAGCUCUUCUAAUAAUCGUUCAGUUCUUUCAAACGAUUCCAAUAUAGUGGAGACCCAUUCAACCGGAAUAUUCAAUCACAAAGAUCUAUUGCAUAUAACUGGUUUGGGAACCAGUAGUAAUGCUUUAGGUGUCGGCAACUUUCAGAAUCAACAGACAUUUCAAUCGGCUGAAUCUACCGAUUCAAACAACCCAAGCGGUCAAUCAAUGCCAUCGAAUCGUGGAAAUGAUGUUUUGGAUUCAACUACUCAUGAGUUAAGAUUAGACAAGUCUAAUAUUUUGUUAUUGGGACCGACUGGUAGUGGAAAGACAUUAUUGGCACAAACGAUAGCUCGUUGUCUGGAAGUGCCGUUUGCUAUUUGUGACUGCACUACAUUAACUCAAGCGGGUUAUGUGGGGGAGGAUAUUGAGUCUGUGAUCGCUAAACUAUUACAAGACGCUAACUAUAAUGUCGAGAGAGCACAACAAGGAAUUGUAUUUUUGGAUGAAGUGGACAAAAUUGGUGCCGUGCCUGGCAUUCAUCAGCUCAGGGAUGUCGGUGGUGAAGGUGUUCAACAGGGAAUGUUGAAGAUGUUGGAGGGUGCUAUUGUUAACGUUCCCGAACGUAACUCCCGGAAAUUAAGGGGUGAAACAGUAGUAGUCGACACAACUAACAUAUUGUUUGUGGCUUCGGGUGCUUUCAAUGGUUUGGACAGAAUUGUGAGCCGAAGAAAAAACGAAAAAUAUUUGGGUUUUGGAGCACCUGUUUCACAAUCUCCCGGUAGAAGAGCCGCUUCAGCUGCAGAUGUGGCCAAUAAUUACAGUUCAAACAGUACUGCCGCUGAAGAUUUGGCAGAAAAAGACGCUCUUUUGAAGGUAGUUGAGGCCAGAGAUCUGAUUGAGUUUGGAAUGAUACCAGAAUUUGUCGGUCGUUUCCCAGUUGUAGUGCCCUUCCAUAGUCUUACUGAGACAAUGUUAGUCCAGAUACUAACUGAGCCACAAAAUGCAUUAAUACCACAAUACCAGAUGCUCUUUGGAAUGGAUAAAGUAGAGCUGACUUUCCAUUCCGAUGCACUCAAGACUAUCGCUAAGCAAGCAAUGGAACGCAAAACCGGUGCCAGAGGUCUAAGGGCUAUACUAGAAAAUAUUCUUUUGGAGCCAAUGUUUGAUAUUCCGGGAAGUGAUGUCUCCAGUGUUCACAUUACAGAAGAUGUUGUUUUAGGCAAAGCUAAGCCUCAAUACGUGCGCUCUUCGUCGUCAUCGACGCCACCCAUACAGGAUGUGGUCGAUAGUGAUUCAACUGUUGAUCAAAAAAGGGCUAUAAAUACAUAAUAUUGUAGACAAUUAUCAAUUUUUUAACAAAAAAAAACAUAAAUCUUAUGUAAAUACAGUCAAUUAAAAAAGCAUUCAUUUGUCACUCCGAGUCCAUAC